AUGUACUCAGCCCCCUAUGGUUACCCCAAUGUCGCUGCCGGCCCCAUAUUCAAUCCUGCUGCCCCACCCCAGGGCGCUCAUUUGCAGCCCGGCCCGGGGCCAGUGCCGAAUCAGCAGCAGCAGCAGCAGCAACAGCAGCAGCAGCAACCUCAGCAGCAACAGCCGGGCCAGCAGCAGCAUCAUCAAGGAUCACAACCGCAACAACAGCAGCAGAUGAUGUUCAACGCUCAGCAGUUCCCCAUGGGCACCCAGCCCGGUGCUGCCCCCUUCGCUGCUGGGCCCAAUCCUGCCCUGAUGGGCGCCGCUGGCCCUGCAGGAAUGAUGCAGAAUGCCGCUAUGCCACACAUGGCUGCUAAUGGCCAAAUGGCAUUCCAGCAGCCUUUCACGACAGGGCCCUACGGGACCGCCAUCCCGUCUUCCGCGGCGCCCCAGGUCCAGCUGCCCGCCAACUUCAUGAUGGCCAACCAGAUGAACCCUUACCAGAUGAGCGCCGCCAUAGCCCCGCAGCAGCCCAUAAUGCAGCGCGUCAUGCCCGCUCAGCAGCCUGCUCCUACCAUCCCCGUAUCAACCCCCCAGCGGCCGGCAUUUAACCCUCCGCAGGGCACGCCCACGAGCAUGCCCCCUCAGCAGACACAGUUCUCUACUCCUCAACCAACUGGCACACCGCAGACCCAGACCCCGACGACUACCCAGCCGCCACAGCCGCCAGCGACGUCGGCUGCGACACCGCAAACGCCGACGUUCCCGAAUGUUGGGGAUCAGGGUCUGGCACAACAACAGCAGCAACAGCAAGCUCAGCAGCCUCCUCAGCAGCAGCUUAAUGGGACGGCGGCUACUCCAGGAGCCGUGGGCUCGACGCCCCAGAGCCCGGCGACAGAUCCGAGAGAUAGGGAGAGGUUCGCGAUAUUGCUGGAGAUUAACCAGGAGUUGCUGUAUGAGUCAAUACAGCUGGUGAACAGCCGGAAUGAGCUCAAGAAGGAGCAGGCGGCUGCUGAGGCGUCGGGGGUUAAGAAUGGGGAUAUCGAUUAUGCUGAGGAGGAGAGGUUGGCGAAUAUGGACUAUAAUCAGUGCAUGCGCCGUCUACAGGCGAACCUUACAUACAUGUAUGCCCUGGCCGACCGCAAGCCGGGCAAGGCCCCACCGGGCGCAUCACCUGCCUACCUCACACCACCGCCUCUCAAUCUGCAGCUUAAGAUACGACUGCCACCUCCAUCGCCCGAUGAUCCUCCCGAGUUCCGGCCCGCCGACCCCAUCGCCGACCGCAUCGAGCGCGACCAGCUUCUCAAGAACCUAUACAAGAAGCUGCAGGCUCUGUACCCCGGUGUUGAUCCGAGGAAGGAACCACCCAUGCCGCCUAUGCAGGGUGCCCAUCGGCCGACUGGGUCAAUCGCGGGCGCCCAGAACGCCGGGACAUCGGGACCUACCCCCGGCGGUGCCCCUAAUGGUGCCGCGGCCGGGACUCCCGGGUCUACGCCUGCUCCGAGCGGGCCGGGACAGUCGGUGCAGAAUAGCCCUGCGCUGGGGAACGCGCCGACGCCGGGGCCGCAGCAAGGGCAGGACCAGCAGCAGGGGCAAGGUCAUAAUCAGGGACAGCCUCAGCAACAGCAAGGUCAAAUGCAGCAGCCUGGUCAACAACCGCAGCAGAUGCGGCAACUACAGCAGCAGGGUCAGCAACAGCAGCCACAAGGCCAGCAACCCCAACCAAUGCAUACGCCUCAGCAACAACUUCAACAGCUCCCCCCUCAAACUCAACCCCAGCAACUACAACCACAACCACAACUACAACCACAACCACAACCACAACCACAACCACAACCACAACAACAACAACAACAACAACAACAACAACAACAACAACAACAGCAACAACACCCGCCGCAUCCUCAAUCUCAACCCCAACCCCAACCUCAAACCCUCGCCCCCGCACCCCAAACCCCCUUCGGCAUGCCCCUUGGCCAAAUGCCACAAAUGGGUCAACUCCCUCCUCAUCAGCUGAACCAAAUGCAACACGGUAUGCCACCCCACACAAUGGCUCAACAGCAUAUGGCCGGCAUGCCAGGCCAGGGACAUAUGGGACCGCCAGGACAGAUGAUGGGGAUGGGGCCGAUGGGGCCAAUGGGGCCGAUGGGCAUGCCGGUCGGGGCGCCGAUGGGUAUGAUGCCUAUGGGAAUGGGGCCCGCGAUGCCGGCAAGUGGAGGGCCCGCUCAGGGGGAUCAGGUUGGGGGGAUGGGGAUGGGGCCUAUGGGGAUGGGACAGUAA